UUUAAGGCAAGGCAAGGCAAGGCAAAGCAAGGCAAGAAUGGGUGACGUAGGCUAUCGCGGAAUAUCCGCCGAAUCAGACCCGCGCUAUAGGAACAAGGAGUCCAAAUUGCUCAAGCAACUAGAAUCCAAAUCCCCCUUCCCCUCCUCCUUCAACCAAAAAGUCGACCUAACCAAAGUAUCCCUCAGCGUCUUUCGUCCCUGGAUCUCACAACGCGUCUCAGAGCUCCUCGACUUCGAGGACGACGUUGUAGUCGAAUACACAUAUUCCCUCCUAGAAGAAGCAGCCUCUUCUCCUACCACUACCUCCUCUCUCGAUCCGCGAAAGAUGCAACUUUCCCUUAGUGGGUUCCUGGAGGGCAAGACGGGGGAGUUUGUGAGGGAGUUGUGGGAAUUGUUGUUGAGUGCUCAACAGAGUGUGGGGGGUAUUCCGGGGGAGUUUGUAGAGAGGAAGAAGAGGGAGAUGAAGGAGGCGAGGGAGAGGGAUGGGGGGGCUAUUCGUGGGGCGAGGAGGAGGGAUGGGCCUGUGACGACUCCUUCAGGGCAGAGAGGGGUGGAUAGGUGGGCACAGCGACAGGCAGAGAGUGGGAGUGGCGGUGCCAGCAGCAGAGGAGGGGGAGCAGCGCGAGAACAGGCUGGCCCUUCUCGCGGAGGGAAUGCGACGUUCAAAGAUAAGUCGGGCAACGUAACAGCGCGCAGUCAAGACUCUGGGUGGGGAGCGCGUGGCCCUCCGCCCCCUCGAGGAGACGAACCUCGUCGGGGCGACGACGAUCAUCGCGAUCGGUACUAUGGAGGUGGACCGUCGAGCUCGAGCAGGCGGCACUACGAUGUUGACGAGCGAGAAGACCGAGAUAGGUACGAGCGCCGACGUCGCGUUGAGGAGGAGAAUAGGGACGAGCGCAGAUGCAGACGCAGGACGACUUCGCGCUCUCGCUCGCCGCGGGAGGAGCGUUACCAGCCGCGUCGACGCUAUAACGACGACGACGACGACGAUGGCCCGGCUCUUAGGCGAGCGCAAGAAGUCGACGACAGAGAGAUCCGAGAGCACCAGAGCGACCGCAACCGCAACCGUCGACGCCGUAACGACGAUUCUGAGGAGGAAGACUCGGAUCGCUAUCCGUCCAGCAAGGUCAGAUCUAGGCGAACCGACCAUCGCCGACGCAGAGAUGUCUCGCCUUCACGAUCCCCACCCUCACCUCAUUCCCCUUCGGCCAGCCCACCCACGCGGCGUGCAAGGUAGGAACAGUCGAAGCCGAAGCCGUAGUCGUAGUCGCUCGUAGGAAGAGGGAAAUUAAUGUGACUUUGACAAGACAAGAAGAAAUCAAGAUUGUAAGGGGGGAUGGACUAGCGCGAUGCGUGCGUGCGUGUGUCGUGUCGUGUGGGUGUAUGAUGUACAGAGGCGAGAAGAGGCGAGGCGAGGCGAGCGAGAAGAGAGAAAGAGAGAAGAACAAGGGAGAGGAUAGGAAAAAGCGCUGAGAAGGGGGGCGGCUACUUGACGUCCAAUCUCGACGGCAUCAUCAGACGCGCUGCGCUACCGCGUCAAUCAACGGGAUCGGUGAUGCCCUCCGGCCCAAUACUGAACACCCCCUCUGCCUCUGGCAAGCAGGGCGAGU